AUGAAGGAAGCAGGUGUGGUAUGCAGGCAGCUCGGCUGUGGGGAAGCCAUUUCUGCCCCCCGUGGGGCCCACUUUGGCCCAGGCUCAGGGAAAAUUCUCCUGGACAAUGUGCAGUGCAGUGGUGAGGAAAGUCACCUGGCUCAGUGCUCCCAUGAUGACUGGUUCACCCACAACUGUGGACACAGAGAAGAUGCCAGUGUCAUCUGUUCAGCAGACUCAGAAUUACUGCCAUCCUCAUCCUCAUCCUCAUCUUCAUCUUCAUCCUCAACCCUGCUUUUAUCACCAGCAUCAUCGCCAUCACUCCCUGAACUCCCUCUACCGUCUUCAAAAAUACCUCAUCCAUCAAACAUUCAGCCUUCUGUGAGACUGUCAGAUGGGACAGGAAGAUGUUCAGGUCGUGUGGAAGUUUACUACCAAGGGACCUGGGGGACGGUGUGUGAUGACCACUGGGAGAUGAAGGAAGCAGGUGUGGUGUGCAGGCAGCUUGGCUGUGGGGAGGCUGUUUCUGCCCCCCGUGGGGCUCACUUUGGCCCAGGCUCAGGGAAAAUUCUCCUCGACAAUGUGCAGUGCAGUGGUGGGGAAACCCACCUGGCUCAGUGCUCCCAUGAUCCCUGGUUCAAACACAACUGUGGUCACAAAGAAGAUGCCAGUGUCAUCUGUGCAGGUGAUGAAAAUUCAGCAGAUACUUCACCAGUACCUCCUGAACAUCCAGUUUCUAAGCCAUCACUGAUGUUAGCCGAACACUCAGCAGCUGUCCUUCCAGAUCAUGAAAAUGCAGCUCCUUCUAAAUCUCAAGGAGAAUGGGUGCCACUGCGGCUAGUAGGAGGUGAAGGAAGAUGUUCGGGACGAGUUGAAGUUUAUUACCAAGGAGAAUGGGGGACUGUGUGUGAUGAUCUCUGGGAUAUGAAACAAGCAAAUGUGGUGUGCAGGCAACUAGAAUGUGGCUGGGCCAUUUCAGCACCAAGCGAGGCCCAUUUUGGGCAAGGAUCUGGGAAAAUUCAUCUGGACAAUGUGCACUGUAAGGGAAAUGAAAAUUCUCUCGAACAGUGUUCCCAUACAGGCUGGCUUUCCCACAACUGUGGCCAUGGAGAAGAUGCUAGUGUCAUCUGUUCAGAUGCUGAAAAUUCAUCUGUUAUACCACCAGGUCUUCCACUUGCUGCUCCUGUAGAGAUAAAUGGAAAAUCUUCCUGUGGUGGCAUCAUCUCAAAUACAUCUGGGGCAAUUAGAAACCCUCCCAAAAAUGAAAUGCACGACAACAUAACAUGCAUUUGGGAAAUAAAGGCCAAUUCAUCUGAUCACAUAUUGCUGGCAUUUCCUUAUCUUAACCUGGACUGCACUAAUGAAUAUUUUGAUAUCCUGGAUGGAGAUCGAUUUUCUUCUGUUUCCCUGGGGAGGAUUUGUAAUGGAACCUACCCCACAUACUCUUCUUCUUCUAACACAAUGACACUUGUGUACUACCGCAGUUACAACAAUAUAGGAAAGAACUUUGUUGCUUAUUACUAUUCUGAGGCCAAAGGCAGUUGCCUUCCUAAGUUUAACUACAUCCUGGGCUCUCAGCCCAAACAUGAUGAAGAUGAUGAUGCUAUUGGUGUUGAUGAUGUUGGUGAUGGUGAUGGAGACUGGCCAAAACUACAGCUGGUUGGUGGUCCUGGGAGAUGUGCAGGAAGAGUCGAAGUCCUUUACCAAGGGAACUGGGGAACUGUGUGUGAUGACCUAUGGGACCUUAAUGAAGCAGAAGUAGUAUGCAGGCAGCUCAAAUGUGGACACGCUGUUUCUGCCCCAGGGAAGGCUCAUUUUGGCCCAGGCUCAGGUGAAAUUCUCCUGGACAACAUGCAGUGUGCAGGAGUUGAACGUUACCUUGGACAAUGCUCCCACUCUGGUUGGUCUGAACACAAUUGUGGUCACCACGAAGACGCCAGUGUCAUCUGCUCAGGUACACCCUCAUCUCUCAAAAAACCACUUCCUUUAUUAUAAGACUGGCCAGAAUUGCGGCUGGUGGGUGGCUCAGGACGAUGUGCAGGACGAGUGGAGGUCCAUUAUCAAGAGAUCUGGGGCACGGUGUGUGAUGACCUGUGGGAUUUAAAUGAGGCCGAGGUAGUAUGCAGGCAGCUGGGGUGUGGACAGGCCGUGUCGGCCCCUGGAGAAGCGCACUUCGGCCCAGGCUCGGGAAACAUCCUCUUGGACAAUAUGCAGUGUGCCGGGACUGAACACUACCUAGGCCAGUGCUCCCACUCUGGAUGGUCCAAUCACAACUGUGGUCAUCAUGAAGAUGCUGGCGUCAUCUGUUCAGGUAUAUGUUAUUCUCCACCACCCUAGUUCAGGCCCUUGACACCUCCCUGAACUAAUUCUCUGCUACAAGAGUAUAUCAAGUCAAAAAUAAAUUCUUGUGGUGGUGUCAGUUCAAGUCUUUCUGGCUCAUUUUCUAGUCCGUGGUACCCGGGAAAUUACCCUACAGACAUACAAUGUGUCUGGGAGAUACAUGUGGAUAAGAAAUUCCAUAUUGAGCUCAUGAUUCCAACUCUGAAGCUGGAAGACAUCUAUGGCUGUCCUUAUGAUUUCAUUGAAAUAUUUGAUGGACCACAAGUGGCCUCUCUGUCCAUGGGAAGAUUCUGCUCAGCUGUAGCACUCACAUUUUUCUCUUCUUCAAACAUCAUGACAGUUGUUUUCAGAAGUGACUCUAUGAUCACCAACUCAGGCUUUUAUGCGAUGUACAAUGCUGUUAGGCAAAAUGAACAGGAAACAAAUGAAGGACCAGAACUGCGCCUUGUUGGUGGUUCCGGGAGAUGUGCAGGAAGAGUUGAGGUUCAUUACGAGGGGACCUGGGGCACAGUGUGUGAUGACCUAUGGGAUCUAAAGGAAGGAGAAGUGGUAUGCAGGCAACUCAAAUGUGGAAAAGCUAUUUCAACCCCUGGGGAAGCUCACUUUGGACCAGGCUCAGGAAGCAUUCUCCUGGAUAACAUACAGUGUGCAGGAAAUGAGAACCAUCUUGGACAGUGUGCCCACUCUGGUUGGUAUGAACACAACUGUGGUCAUCAUGAAGAUGCUGGAGUCAUCUGUUCAGGAGGAAGUAACUCUUGUGGUGGAGUCAUCUCAAAUCUUUCUGGCUCAUUUUAUAGCCCUUGGCAUCCUAAAAACUAUCCCACAGAUUUAGAAUGUGUGUGGGUUAUACAUGUGAAGGAGAAUUUCCACAUAGAACUUCAGGUCCCCAGUUUGAAACUAGAAGAUAUCUAUGGGUGCCCUUAUGACUUUCUUGAAGUCUUUGAUGGAGGGCAAGCUGCCUACCUGUCCAUGGGGAGAUUCUGUGCUGGGACAGAGCUCUCAUUUUUCUCUUCUUCAAACAAAAUGACAGUUGUGUUCAGAAGUGACUCUAUGGUCACCAACACGGGCUUCUUUGCAAUGUAUAAUGCUAUUCCGCAAGGUGAACGGGAAGCCGAUAUGUCCCUGAGAUUGGUGAAUGGAAGUCACAGGUGUGAAGGUCGUGUGGAGGUAUACUACAAUGGCACCUGGGGAACAGUGUGUGAUGACAGCUGGGACUUGACAGAUGCCAAGGUUGUAUGUCAGCAGAUGGGCUGUGGACAAGCUCUGUCUGCACCAGGACAUAACCACUUUGUGGGAGGUUCAGGACCCAUAAUUCUGGAUGAUGUGCAGUGCAUUGGAAAUGAAGCCAAAGUAUGGCAGUGUGUGCAUAAUAGCUGGUUCUCUCAUAACUGUGUUCACCAAGAAGAUGCCAGUGUUAUCUGCUCAGGUAUGCUCCAGUUGGCACUAUCAGGUCACCCAGCUAAUGAAAAUUUCCAUUGUGGUGGUUUGCUCACAAAUUCCUCAGGCUCUUUUUCCAGCCCUCAGUACCCCAAAAAAUACCCUACAAAUAUAGUGUGUGUCUGGGAAAUACAAGUGGACAGCAAUGCUCAUGUCAAGCUCAUAUUUGAAGUAAUGAUGAUGGAAAACUUAUAUGGCUGUCCUUAUGACUUCGUGGAAAUAUUUGAUGGUCCUCAGAGUCCGUCAUUUUCCCUGGGGAGAUUCUGUUUUGGUACCAUCCCAAUAUUUAAAUCUUCCUCCAACACCAUGACUGUUGUGUUCCACAGUGAUGCCAUCAUCACUAAUACUGGCUUCUAUGCUUCCUACGAUUCCCUCAUACAAGACAAAAAUGAAAGUGACAUUUCUUUAAGAUUGAUGAACGGAAGUCACCGAUGUGAAGGACGAGUUGAAGUGUACUACAAUAACACCUGGAGCACAGUGUGUGAUGACAGCUGGGACCUCCGGGAUGCACAGGUUGUGUGCAGACAGCUGGAUUGUGGAAAAGCUAUUGCAGCCCCAGGACUGGCAUAUUUUGACCGAGGUUCAGGAUCUAUUGCUUUGGAUGAUGUGGAAUGUGUUGGAAAUGAAGCAAAACUGUGGCAUUGCCUUAACAAUGGCUGGUUCUCCCAUAAUUGUGGUCAUCAUGAGGAUGCCGGAGUUAGAUGUUCAGUAGCAGUUCUUCCAAGUUCAACAGAAUCACCCCCAGCAGCUGGUAGAUCUCUUAAUACAACAGAUGUUUGCCCUCUCUUUACCAACUUGGCUGUCAAGUUCUUGCAGGCAAGCCUCACUUUAGAUUCAUUUUGCCCUCUAUCAAUCCAGGGUCCAGGUGUCAGGUUAGUGGAUGGCCAGAAUAGAUGUGAAGGGCAUGUGGAAAUCUAUUACAAUGACACCUGUGGGACCAUAUGAGAUGACAGCUGGACCAUCGGAGAUGUCCACAUUGUCUGUGGAUUAGCUGUGGCCUCGCUUUCAGGAACCAGAUUUGGCCUUGGCACAGGCAGUAUUACCUUGGAUGAUGUCAACUGUACAGAGGAGGAGUCUCCCUUGGAACAGUGCCCUCACAGUAAUUGGUUCAGUCACAACUGUGGGCACCAUGAAGAUGUUAGUGUAAUCUGUUCAAAUAUGUUGAUUCCUCAUCAACAGGAAAGCCAGGUCUUGAUGGAAGUGCAGGAGCAGCAUCCAGCAGAUAUACUAGUAAUAAGGCUGGUGAAUGGCAAGAACAGGUGUGAAGGUCGUUUGGAAGUUCAUCACAAUGAAAUCUGGGGAACUGUAUGCGAUGACCUCUGGAGCAUCUCAGCUGCUAAUGUGGUGUGCAGACAGUUGGGCUGUGGAGUUGCCCUGUCUGCCCCAAGGAAUAGCCUAUUUGGCAAGGGAUCAGGCAGCAUUUUCCUGGAUGAUGUACAGUGUGAUGGCAAUGAGACCAAUAUUGGGCAGUGCCAACAUCUUGGUCUGUCUAUACAUAACUGUGGUCACCAUGAAGAUGCUGGGGUCGUUUGUUCAGAGUUGCCAGAUGUCAGACUGGUGAAUGGAAGAAGCAAGUGUGAAGGACGCCUGGAAGUGUAUUACAACGGGACAUGGGGGACUGUGUGUGAUGACCUCUGGGGUAUCAAUGCAGCUCAUGUGGUAUGCAGGCAGCUGGACUGUGGGGAGGGAAUGAGUGCCCUGCAGAAUGGCUAUUUUGGGGAGGGCUCCGGAAGCAUCCUCCUGGAUGAUGUGCAGUGCCAAGGAAAUGAGACCACCCUGGGGCAGUGUCGCCACCGUGGCUUGUCUGUCCACAACUGCGGUCACCAUGAAGACGCAGGAGUAAUUUGCUCAGCAUCAGCUAUGGAAAUGACCACUUUAUCUGCAUCAACCAUGGAAAUGACCAGCAAUCCUGCAUCAACCACAAAAGGGACCACUUCACCUGCUCCCACUGAAGUAGAAACAGCCCCUACACCUGAUUUGCCACUCAGACUUGUGAAUGGAGGGAACCGGUGUGAGGGUCGGAUUGAAGUCCGUUACAAGGGCCUAUGGGGCACCGUGUGUGAUGACCAUUGGAACAUAAAGAAUGCACGAGUUGUCUGCAGGCUGCUUGGCUGUGGCAAGGCUGUAGGAGCCCCUGGACGUGGACACUUUGGGGCAGGAGUGGGAAAUAUAUUACUAGAUGAUGUACGCUGUGUAGGAAAUGAGGCUUCUUUGGAUCAAUGUCAUCAUUCAGGAUGGGCCGUCCACAACUGCAAACACCAGGAAGAUGCAGGGGUCAUCUGUGCCGGUUUAACCAGUUCUGUUGUACCCAAGGAAAACACCCAGCUUUCUUGCUUCCCAGAUCGAUUCCAAGCUGUCAUUGACCGAGGCUACCUUCAGCAACUAGGCUACUCUCCCUGGAAUGUGCACAUGAAUGACAGGUUAUGCAGACCACAGAUUGCAGGACGCUUUCUUAUAUUUGACAUACCUUUCGGCAAAUGUGGGACAAUCAGACAGGACAAGUUUGGUUCUGUCAGUUACUCCAACACAAUCAGGACAAGAAGCCGGGCGCACUCAGGCCGCAUCAUUGUAAAGCACAGGGUGCCUCAGCUGAAAUUCACGUGCAACACAGACCGAACUCCAGUAGUUGAAAUCAUCCAUGUGACUGACACCCCUGAGGAGGAUAGUCAGUUUGCCAACUAUGAUGUAUCCAUAACAUUUAUUGAGUCACCAGAACUCCAGGUUCCAGAGACCAUGACAUCUCACCACGAUGGCCCAGGGAAAGAGGUCUUCUUUCAAGCCACACUCCAUAGCCCAGAUCCAAACCUAAUGCUAUUUGUGGACACAUGUGUGGCCUCUCCUGAUGCCAAUGAUUUUUCAACUGUGAAGUAUGUCUUAAUCCAACAAGGAUGCAUUAAGGACAAUUCCUAUGCAAACCUUGACUCUCACCACAAGAAUGUGGCACAGUUCAAAUUCAACGCCUUCAACUUCCUGGACAACUAUAAUGUGGUUUAUCUACAGUGUAAGGUUGUGGUGUGCAAGGCAGAUGACUACUCUUCACGAUGCUACAAGGGCUGCAUGGGUCGGAACAAGCGAGAUACUAGUGACCAGGGAGAAAUAGAAGCGGCAAAGGAGGGAUCUGCAUUUAUAGGACCUUUGGAGAUACAGAAAGGAGUCAAUCAGAGGAGGCUACAGUGA